AUGCUCUUCAAUUACGGGUAUGCUGUGUUUUAUGCUCUUCCCCCGCUGCAAUCCAUUUUUGCGACUCGGACUCGUAGACGGCUCGAUCGGGAUUUGUUGUUGGAUCUCGAUGACGGAGGAGUUGCAUACGUGUCCAUCUCCCAAUGGGCUUCCCACGUGUACUGUUCGGGAGUGGGUGUUGUUGGUGAUAGAAUCCCACUUAGGGGUUUCGUCUGCAGCCGCCUGUGCCUCUUCCCUCCUCGCCCGGGCAUGUGGAAGCGCAAAUUCUCCGCCGCUGGCGCAGAUGCUUCCACCGAACCUUCCGCCUCGCGCGGCCGUGGCGCGGGCGGGAGCGGAAGCGGAAGCAGCGGCUUCGGGUUCGUGCGCUCCGGGGGGAGCGCGUACACACCGCCCGUGAAUCCCGUCGGCUCGUACGGCGGCUUCGGCGGCGGCGGCGGGAGCUACGCCGGCUACCGCGGCGGCUCGGGUCGCCGGUCGCUGCCGGACGACGACGACGACGAUAUAGCGGAUAUCGAAUACCGCGAUGACGGGGAUGGGGAGGCCGCCACGACGGCCACGGGGUACGGCGAAGAUGACGAGGACGAGGGAAACCGACGCGCGGCGGCGGCGGCGGAAGAGGAGGAGGAGGAUCCGCUCGACGCGUUCAUGUCGGGCAUCGAGCGGAAGGUGAAGGAGGACGCGGUCGCCGCAACUUCGCGCGCGGCGGCGGCGGGCGCGAAGGGCGGGGAAGCGGGGGAAGCGGCAAAGCCGGAGCGGGAGGACUGGCGCGCGGAGGAGGAGGAGGCGGAUUUGCUCGACUCGUUCCUCCGCGCUCGCAAGAGCGCGGGGCUGUCGGUGGCGGCGGAAGCGGUGAUGGGGCGCGGGUACGACUCGGACGAGGAGGUCUACGCCGCCGCCAAGGCCGUCGACGCCGCUGCCGCCGCCGCCGCCGCCGCCGCCGCAGGAGCCGCGGGCGGCGCGGCUGGGUCCGCCUUAGACAAGAUGGACGCGCUAGGCCACGUGGACCACUCCGCGAUAGAAUACGACGAGUUCGAUAAGGAUUUCUACCAGGAGCAUCCUGACGUCACCGCCAUGUCAGCAGCCGACGUGGCGGCGCGGCUCGCGUCGCUCUCGAUCCGCACGUCGGGCUUCGACGUGCCGCGCCCAAUCAGCGCGUUCGCGCACGCCGCGCUCCCCCCCGCGCUGAUGGGCGCAGUGCGCAAGCACGGCUACUCCGCGCCUACGCCCAUCCAGUCCGCCGCGCUGCCCGUCAUCCUCAGCGGCCGUGACGUCAUUGGCGUCGCGAAAACCGGCUCGGGAAAAACCGCCGCGUUCGUCCUCCCGCUGCUCGUCCACGUCGCGGACCAGCCGCGCGCGGGGCGCGGGGAGGGCCCCAUCGCGCUGAUCUGCGCGCCGACGCGCGAGCUGGCGGCGCAGAUCCACGCGGAGGCGCGGCGGUUCGCGAAACCCCUAAACCUCCGCGUGGCGGGCGUGUUUGGCGGCAUGUCGAAAUUCGACCAGUUCAAGGAGCUCAAAGGCGGAGUAGAGGUGGUGGUGGCGACGCCGGGGAGAUUAAUCGACAUGCUGAAGAUGAAGGCGCUGUCGCUGCGACGCUGCACCUUUCUUGUGCUGGACGAGGCUGACAUGAUGUUCCACCUGGGCUUCGAACCGCAGGUGCGAGCCAUCGUGGGGCAGAUCCGUCCCGACCGUCAGACGCUCCUUUUCUCCGCCACCAUGCCGCGCCGCAUCGAGCGCCUGGCGCGCGACAUCCUCACGCACCCCGUGCGCAUCACCGUGGGGGAGGUUGGCGCCGCCAACGCCGACGUGCGGCAGCGCGUGGUGGUUUUACCGGAGCCAGGGGGAGUCGGGGGGGGACCCGGUGGGGGAACGGGUGGGGGAACCGCAGGGGACGACGGGAAGGUGGCCUGGUUGCUGGGGGAGCUGGGGGCGAGGGUGGAUGAGGGCGAUGUGCUUGUGUUCGCCGGGACGAAGUUGCGAGUGGACGCGGUAACUGCGGCGGUGGCGGGCGCGGGGUUCAAGGUCGGCGCGCUGCACGGGGAUUUGGACCAAUCGCGGCGCAGCGAGGUGGUGCGGCAGCUGAAGAAGGGCGAGCUGCACGUGGUGGUUGCCACUGAUGUAGCAGCCAGGGGAUUAGACAUCCGGUCGAUUAAGACGGUUAUUAAUUUGGACAGUGCGAGGGACAUGGACGCGCAUGUGCAUAGGGUGGGGAGGACGGGCAGGGCGGGGGAUACGGACGGAGUGGCGAUUUCGGUGGUGACGGGGAAGGAGGCGCGGUUUGCAGGCGAGCUGGUGGGAUGCUUGGUGGCUGGCGGACAGGAGGUGCCUCCUGAACUACUAGAGCUGGCGAUGAAGGCAGGGCCAGGUAUUGAUACGGAUGGAGUGGCGGUGUCGGUUGUGACGGGGAAAGAGGCGCGGUUUGCGGGGGAGCUGGUGGGGUGCCUCGUGGCUGGCGGGCAGGAGGUGCCUCCUGAACUGCUGGAGCUGGCGAUGAAGUUCAAGUCCUCCUUUGUCGCCGCCUCCGCUCCCCACCCCCACGACCCUGUCCCCGACCUCCCUCCUCCCCCUCCGCCUCCUCCCUCUGCUCCUGCUGCCUUUCCCCCUCCGCCCUCUGCUGCUACCCCUGCUGCUGCUGGCUUUGCGGCACCGCAAGCAGCAGUCACAGCUCCAGCUUGGGGGGCGAGCGGUGCUGCUGAUGCUGCUGCCGGUGGUGUCAGCAGUGGCGGUAGCAUGGGGGCAGACGUGGUGGCGGCUGCGAUUGCUGCCGCUGCAGCCAAGGCUGCUGCCAUCGCUGCCAGUCUGGGCCUGCAGGCUCCGGGGGGAGUGGGUGGGGGAGGAGGGGUAGGAGGGGCAGCAGCGGGAGGGAUGGCAAUGGGAGGGGGGGUGACAGGGAUGAUUGCAGGCAUGGGUGCGAGUGCAGGUGGGGUUGAUGGUUAUAGGGAGGCAGGGGGUGCACAACUUGCCUGUUCGCGCUAUAAGCAGAAACAUCUAUUCGCCAUGUCGAUCACGUCGUACAACGGCGGCGCGGUGGUGGCGAUGAAGGGCGACAAGUGCGUGGCGAUCGCGUGCGACCGGCGCUUCGGCGUGCAGCUGCAGACCCUGGCGACGGACUUCAACCGCGUCUUUCAGAUGCACCCGCGCCUCUUUCUAGGCCUCGCUGGCCUGGGCACGGACGUGCAGACGCUCAAGCAGCGGCUGGAGUUUCGGCACAAGCUGUUCGCGCUGAGGGAGGACAGGGUCAUGCCGCCCGCCACCUUUGCCCACCUCGUCAGCUCCAUCCUCUACGAGCGCAGGUUCGGGCCGUACUUCAUCGAGCCUGUGAUUGCAGGCUUGGAGGAUGAUGGCACUCCCUUCAUCUGCGCCACUGACCUUAUCGGCGCCUACGAGGAGUGCCCUGAGUUCGGUGUAGCAGGGACGGCAGACGAGUCGCUGUUCGGCGCGUGCGAGUCGUACUGGCAGCCGGGGCUGCAGCCGGAGGAGUUGUUUGAAACCAUCUCGCAGGCGCUGCUGGCCGCUGUGGACAGGGACGCGCUCAGUGGAUGGGGUGCCACCGUGCAUGUCAUCACUCUUGACAAGAUUAUUACUCGCACACUCAAAGGCCGGAUGGAUUAG